AUGAAAAGGAGCGUCCUUGGAGAUUGUUUUUUUACUUUUCGUGGAAUUCGUCAAAAUAUCACUUUUUUCGUGUUGCAGGUCACAAUCCCGAAGAUGAAAAUUGAGACAAACCUUGAGCUCAGAGAAACUCUCGUCACAAUGGGUAUCACCGACAUAUUUACCGAACAUGCUGAUCUGACCGGAAUCGCCGAAACUCCCCAAUUGCAAGUCUCCCAAGUGGCUCACAAAGCAGUCAUCGAGGUCGAUGAGGACGGCACCACAGCUGCAGCAGCCACAGUGUUCAAAGUUAAGUGGAAGUCGCUCUCAACCGCUGUACCCAUAGACUUCCGUGCAGAUCACCCAUUCUUGUUUGUUCUUACCAAGGAUAAAAAUCCAUUAUUUAUGGGUCAGUUCACGUAA